AUGUCCUCGUUCGUGAUGACGACCGACCUUGACCAGCCGCCUGAUGGGCUCAUUGGAGGUUACAAAGGCAACAGCGCCCCGGUCAAGAUCGUCGUGGUCGUAUUCAGCUCGCUUGCCCUGUACAAUGUGGUGGAACUCGUCAUCCUCAUCCUCUUCACCUUCCAGCGCUACCUUGGACUAUACUUUUGGACCAUGCUGCUCUCCGGCGUGCUGGGUGUCAUCCCGCACGCCGUCGGAUACCUUAUGGAGUUCUUCGCACUCGGUCCAACCUGGCUCGGCGUCGCAAUCUCGACCUUUGGCUUCUACUUUAUGGUCCCCGGGCAAUCGGUCGUCCUCUACUCGCGCCUGCACCUCGUCGUCCAGAACCGCAAACUCCUCCGCUUGGUCCUCUGGCUCAUCAUCAUCGACGCGAUAAUCCUCCUCAUCCCCACAACAGUCCUCACCUUUUCCACCAUCUACGUCCGCACCCGGCCUAUCAUCGUGGGCUACAACGUCAUGGAAAGACUACAAGUCGCCUGGUUCUGCGCGCAGGAAAUCCUCAUCUCCUCAAUAUACAUCUGGGAAACCUCCAAACUCCUCGGGCUCCGACCCGAGAAAAAUACCCGUCGCACGCGCGUCCUUUACGAACUGCUCGCAAUCAAUUUCAUCAUCAUCGCCAUGGACGUCGCGCUCCUCGUCCUCGAAUACCGCGGGCUAUGGUUCCUCCAGACAACAAUCAAGGCUGCCGUGUACAGCAUCAAGCUGAAACUCGAGUGCGCCGUGCUGCGGAAACUCGUUGAAAUCGUCCAGCCGCAUCGCCAGGAUACGAGCUCCACAGAGCAGGAGCAGUUCCCGACCUUUGUUAAUCCAGAGCAAAUUGUGGGGGAUGUUACGCAUGCGGCGCCGAGUUCUCGCCGUCAGCAGUAUCCUUGGGGUAACUCGAUUGACACGCUUAGCUUGUCGGACCGGAGACGGCCGGUUUCGUCUGCGUCGACGCUGUCACGGCCGCCUUGA